UUCCACGAAGGACCUGACUGUUACUGAUGACACCGUGUUGGAGGACCACAACGAGGAUCCUGCUCUUGUGCAGAUGCGGCUCAUCGGAGAUGGAGUUGUGGAAUCGAUCAUGCGUGGGGAGAACGUGGGGAUCACCUCUCGACGGUCCCGAUCCGCCGCCGUCCUGCAUCUGCAACAACCUACCCGCGUCGUUCGGGUGAAUCCAAGUGUGAGGAAACCGCGCACCGGAAAACCGGGCGAAUCGAUCCCGCAAACAUCGCCAGAACCACCAGACAAAGGUAGAGGCGUACGGAGGAGGAAGUGCAGCGAGAACGAGUCUGCCAGCAAAUUGAAGGGAUUCUGCAAUAUAAAGGAGGACUUGGAGAACAAGCCGGGCAGGAAAAGGAACGGAGUGAAUCGAGGCGGUUCGAACAGCAACAACGGUAGCGGCAGCAGCAGCAGGAAGAAAGUUUUGGAGGAGGCGAACAGCAGUAAGCUGCGGGAUUUGCAGGUGCGCGUCGAAGAUUGUCUGCCCAGGGUCUGCGUGACGACGACGAGCGAACAGCCGCAGGAAGAGGAAGAUAGCGUCCUAGAUGAUGAGACUAGCAACGGGAGCAGUGUGCAGUUAGUGGUUCCAGUAGUGGACGAUAUUGGUGAAGUUGUUGGUGAUAAUGAUGAUGAGCGUGAAGUUGAUGUGGCAGUGGCAACAGAAGAGCCAACGGUAGUUGGGGAGGAGGCUAGUGCAAUUAGCGAAGAGGACGAUUGUGUGAUAGUGGCUGAUCCACAAGAGCAGCAACAGCACGUGGAACAUCAGCAGCAGGAGCAGCGUCUGCAGAAGGAGCAGCCGUCGAAGAAUCAGCAAGAUCAAGAGCAGCAGCAGCAGCAACAGGAACAGCACGUAGAGCGCGAGUGCUCGAGCCGCGGUGACGAUGACGGCCCGCUGUCUUCGUCCUCGCCUUUCAGCAGGAUGGAACUCACCGAAUCUGCAAGCAGUGCCGCAUCGUUGCUCCGCUUCCCGGACGACCGUUCCGACUCUGGCGUGAGUUCGCUGCGAUCAGGCAGCGGAGAUGAGCGUUCCGGUUCUCGAUCCAGCGCCCUAAGCUCAUCAGACGAACCACCCCCUAUCCACUGCACUACCAGCAGCAGCAGUAACAGCAACAUCCAUCAGAGCCAGACUGCAGCCAGCAACAGGUCGCCGCUGUUUAUACCGUCAUCGGGUCUAUCUUAUACCUCGACUCCGACGAACAGCAACUCGAGCAAUUCGAGUAGCACCACCACCUCAGAACCGGUGCGCGUGUGGCGUGACCCCAGCUUGCUGUUGGAGUCCGAGCCGCACGUUCGCCACAUCCACAGUGUGCAGCACCAGUCGCUGCUCAUGUCGCACCCAUCGACCCCGGCCGCUUCGGGCCCGCCACCCACCUCAGCCGCAGCAGCAGCAGCCGCCGCCGCCGCCUCCAACCACCAGUCCCUCUAUCAGCCCGUGGCGCCGCCACCCAACCUCAUGGGUCCCCAUACUCCUCAUCCCCUCCAGCAGCACCAUCUGCAGCCUCCGGGCAUCUACGCCCACCACAUCCCCAGCGAGCUGAUAUGGGCUAAAAACCAUUAUCGCGGCAUCCCUCACAUCAUCCCUCCGCAGCCGGGUCAUCCCGAUGAGCUCGACUACAUCCAGAGCUCCGGCAGACUCAUAAGGUACUGUCCAUCGCCCAACCCCACUAAAGAACAACCUCAACUAACUAACUUCAUCACACGCAGGCAACAACCAGGGCAAGGUAGUCGGGAGAUGGAGAAGCAGAAGGACCGCGAGAAGCAGCAGAUGGAAAGGGAGAAGAUGGACCGCGAGAAGCGCGAAAGGGAUUUGGAGGUCGAGAAGCAACUGACGGCUAAUCAGCAGGUGCAGCAGCAUUUUGAUCAAUCUCUGAAAAUGGCUCAUGCAAAGGGCGCAUGGAACAUCAUAAACAGCAUGCCACCCCCAAACAGGGGCGGUGGCGGUUGCGAAGAAGUAAAACACGACCUGCAUCAAAGGAACGAUAGGCACGGCAGGCCCGAGCCACGCGACAGCAGAGCUUACUAUUCUGCCAGUGCUCAGUCGAGACCGAUCAACGUGUCCAGUAAGGCUGAUUAUCCGCCGCCUGCGCAUUCCAGCAGAUCGGCGGGGUCGAAGGUAUCGGAGAAGAUGGUCUCCGUGCACGGAUCACUGCCGAAAGCGGAGAUGUUCGCAGGAAUUCCUGCGUUCCAGCCGCACUACUUCAACGAACCAAAGACCAAGGACCACCAUAAGAUGUCACAAGGCAGCGGUUUGCUGGUGGCGAAGAGUGAGAGGGAUAUGCAUCCGAAUCCUCCACCUCUGCAGAGCGAGCUGAAGAACUCGGUGAUAGUGAAGCACGACGGCGGUAAAAACCAGCACCAUCUGUCCGAACAGCGUGUGUCGAUGUCGCAUUCACCCGGGCCGAAGAUGAAGGCGGACAUGAUGCAUUACCUGUCGCCGGGACAAGCGCAGAAGAGUGGCAUCUAUGACUACAGGAGCCAAACGCAAUCGCCCCAUCACAUGCCGCACGCCCCCAGUCCACAUCACCUGCAACCGGAGAACUUGGGUAAAUCGAUGUACAGAUCGGGUCAGAUCCAGAGUCCGCUGCCGCAAAGGCAGUCGCCACAUCAGCAUCCGCACGCACAACAACAUCCGUCUCCGGAGCAGUUGCAGAGAUACACGAACCGUAGUUCUGAGUCGCAGGUGAUGAUUUACCCGACCUGUGGGAAGAACAGCAAUCACAUAUAUAUGACACCUUCGUCGACGGUGGCCCAAUACACUGUGGCCCAGAACUCGCUCUCCAAUCCGAAACCCAAGGUGAGCAGUCCAGCCCCGCAUCACUUUUACGGGAAGCCGAACGCGGUCAUCGGAUCGUCGGGGAUGCCUGUAAGCAGGUCAAACGAGCAGGCGUCGAGUGGUGGAAAUCCGAUACAGCUCACCUCGAAGCCGCCGUUAUCUUCAUCAAUAUCCCCGUCUCCUUACCAGCAGGUCUCUCAAUACAAUCCACCCCAUCCUCAGAGCAGUUCGAUGCCUUCGUGUCUGCCGCCUCCCGCUCACAACAGCAGCAAGGGCAACUCUGCGGCACACUAUGAGCGGAUGUACGGUAGCUCCGUACCAGGUGGAUUGUCUGUGAAACCUACUAUCCAACACGGGACAUCUCCACCGACGGCCGCCUCAGCCCCAUCGCCGGUAGCCAGAAAUCAUUCACAGUAUAUGCCAGGCGUGACGCAUCCGUCCCAGAGCAUUCCAAGCGUGCACUCAGUACAAACACAUCCGCUCGACUUGGGCGUCUCCUCCAAUAAAUACGAAUCGGCCCUCUCGCCUAAGAGAAAAGCCACGCCAGUCAACAACGUGGCCAUCUCUCUGGAAGUAAAGAGACCGAAACUGGAGACGACUCCCACCUCGCAACAGCAGCAACAACAUAUACUGCAGCAACAGCAACCACCACCACAGCAUCAGCAGCAUAUGCAGCAACAACAACCACUAUCACAACAGCAACAACAACAGCAGCAACAACAACAACAGCAGCAGCAGCAGCAACAACAACAACAGCAGCAGCAACAACCGCAACAGCAGCAGCAACAACCACCGCAGCAGCAGCAGCAACAACAACAGAAUCUCUCCGUUUACAGUGGUCCGCCACAAUUGGCGAGAGUCAGCGAGCCAAGUCCAUUGAUUGCAAGCGCUGCAACAACGAUCACAACCGUGGUGAACACCUACAGAGGUCCGACGCCUUCUCAGAGUCCCUCGACUAUAGCUGAAGUGGUACCCUCGGAUGUUAGUGUGACCUCCGUGACGGUGCCCAAUGAACGACCACCUAGUUUAGAUAGCAAUGCCUCUUCGGUAGUCUCCACAUCAGCUCCUCUGACUACCAGUACUAUCUCUGAACCGACAACACCCAUCAAACUGUCGACUCCGAGCGCGGUGGACUCCGAGAAGUCCAAUAGCCCGGUGCCGACCGCAAAGUCGAGUAAUCCGGUGGCGAGGCAUUUGAAGAAGGCGUGGCUGCAACGGCAUACGGGAGAAGACUCAGAGGAUACCACCGGCAUAACAGGUGGAGGAAGCUGCGUGACCCUUCCACUGAAUAUUAGUAGUGCUCCGGCUCCAGUGAAAGACACGCCGCCGCUUUCGUUGCAUAAUAUUGGCUCGAUGGCGGUGAACAGUAUAAACAAGACGAAAACGCCCUUUCCGAACAAGGCUAAUAACAGGAAAGUCCACAAGGAAGCCAGCCUGAACGGACAUCCCGUGGACGGCGUCAGCAAAGCGGACGACUCGUCGAGCUCCGAUCAGGAACGUGGCAGGAAAUCGCCGCCAAAGAGAAAACCACCGAAAGUGAAACGAAAAAAAGGGGGAGGGGGCGCCCCAAAAAAAACGUCAGAAGAACACAAGAAGAGGAAGACUAGUGGAAGCGCCGCGACCGUGAACAGCGAAAGCGGUAGCGAUAGCGACAAGGAGAGCGUCAGCGACAAGGAUUCCGAUUCUGGAGCAAGCACGACUGUGACUAGCGGGAAAAAGUCGAACAGCGGCAGCGGCACGACCACUGGGAGUGCCAGCAGCAAUUCGGCAGCCCCAAAGGACAAGGAGCCAAGGAAGAGAGGAAGACGUCCAAAGACAAAAAACGAUAAGGGCGAGGAGCCGCGAACUAAGAAGUCCAAGGAUGAAUUAGUGCCCCAGCGCGACCCCUUUCGCAAACCCCCCGUGGGGCAACUGAAGAAGACCGGCGAGAGCUUUCUGCAAGAUGGACCUUGUUUCGAGGUCGCUCCAAAGCUCGCUAAAUGCCGCGAGUGCCGAUGGACCCCAAACCAGAGGUCCAAGAACAUGCCUAACAUCUUUUGUCGGUUCUAUGCGUUCCGACGAUUAAGGUAUACGAAGAACGGCCAGCUCGCCAUCGCCGGAUUCUCAGAUCCGCAUAAAGAUGCAUUAGAAGACGACUUGAAGCUUUGGCUGCCAUCGCCCGAGUCACCGCCGUCCGACCUGGAUUUGGAAACCUCGCGGUUCAUUCUCAAGCAAGUCGGCGAUCAUUUCUGCAAUCUUCUUUUGCAAGAGAAAGAGGCACACAGCGAACAUAUGUCAGAUGAUAAAGUUAUUGCGUGGAAAAGAGUAGUGCAGGGUGUACGAGAGAUGUGCGACGUAUGCGAGACAACGCUGUUUAAUUUCCAUUGGGCUUGUGGGAAAUGCGGGUUUGUGGUGUGUUUGGAUUGCUAUAAGGGUCGAAAGGCAGGAACGAUAAAGGUGUGGGGUGAACCCGGCAAAGAUCGGGAUGACUUCUCCUGGCUGCUAUGCACGAACAGGCAGGCUCACGAGCAAGAGAAACUGAUGCUCACUCAGAUAAUCGCAGGCGAUUCGCUCCAGAAACUUGGUCGAUUGGUGCACGAAAUGCGAGAGCUUUGGAAUGUGGAGCAGCACUGCGGAUGUCAGAUAAGCAAGGAAGUGAGUCAGAAGUCGAACGGCGCUCGCAAGGAGAUCAUCAAAAGCAUCCUGAAGGCAUCAGCUGAUUUGAACGGCAUUAAAAAAGAGAUCAAAGAGGAUCCGGAUAAGCCUUUGGUGAACGGCGGCGUCAACAACAAGGAUGACAAAAGUGCGUUGAGCUGUUUAGCCGACGUCGCAUCCUUAGCGGAGGAACGGAAGAGCGAAGAUAGCAACGACGCUGACUUUUCGACGUUGCGGGAGCUUCUAAUCCGACCAUCGCACAAACCGAAUGGAAGCAGCCGAGCUUCUUCACCUGUAAAUACGCCGAAGUCUAAGAAGACCAGUCCGCGAUUGGAAACUUUAGACGAGGUGAUUUCUAGUGUCAUUGAAGAUAACGUCCCGGCUACCGAAUCUGCCACCAAAGAGCUGAAGCAUUAUGUACCCAGAGAGAAUGCAAUGGCGAAAACCCGGGGAACUUUGCCCAUUAGGAUAAUGACGUUGACUGAGAGUAAAUUGCUAUACCCGGACACACCUCACAGCUGGUUAUGCGAUGGAAAACUGUUGCGGCUAAGUGACCCGGUGCACACAGGAAAUCACAAGAUCUUCCAGGAUCAAUGGAAAAGAGGACAGCCUGUGUUGGUGUCAGAUGUAUCGCGGUAUCUGAACAAAGACCUUUGGACACCGGACGCGUUCGCUCGCGAUUUCGGGGAUGAGAAGAACGAUUUGGUGAAUUGCAUCAACGGAAGUUUGGUAUUAAAUCAGCCAAUGAGGAAGUUCUGGGAAGGCUUCGAGCAUUUCUCCAAGAGGUUGAAGGACGACCGCGGAAAUCCGAUGUUGCUGAAGCUGAAGGAUUGGCCGUCCGGUGAGGAUUUCGCUGAAAUGUUGCCAUCCAGGUUCUCUGAUCUGAUGAAGGUGCUACCGCUUUCGGACUAUACUCAUAGAAACGGACGUUUGAAUCUGGCUAGUCGUCUACCGGAUUGCUUCGUGAGACCUGACCUAGGUCCUAAAAUGUACAACGCUUACGGUUCAGCCGUUCACCCGUCCAAUGGGACCACGAACUUGCAUCUGGAUAUAUCCGACGCUGUAAAUGUGAUGGUUUACGUCGGAAUCCCUAAGGAUAGUGAUAGUGAUGAGCACAUCAAGGAAGCGUUUCGGGCGAUCGACGAGGCCGGUUGUGAUAUACUGACUAGAAGGAGAGUUCGGGAUAAGGGCGAACUGCCUGGUGCUCUGUGGCAUAUUUACAAUGCACGCGACGCCGACAAGAUCAGAGAUUUGCUGAACAAAGUGGUUGUCGAGGCGGGAGGUGUCCUGAAACCCAAUCACGAUCCCAUCCACGAUCAGAGCUGCUACCUGGAUGGCUCGUUGAGAGAACGCCUCUACAAGGAAUACGGUGUCAAAGGGUACGCUAUCGUGCAAUGUCUUGGAGACGCCGUCUUCAUUCCAGCCGGUGCUCCCCAUCAGGUCCGGAAUCUGCACAACUGCAUCAAAGUCGCAGAGGACUUUGUGUCUCCCGAGAACGUGUCGCACUGCUUCCAUCUGACACAGGAGUUCCGCGACCUCUCCGACACGCAUUCAAACCACGAGGACAAACUGCAAAUAAAGAACAUCAUCUUCCACGCAGUCAAGGACUCGCUCUCGAGCCUGUCCAGCAUCCUGAACAAGCACAUCAAGUUGGAAAAGAGCGAUUGCAGCGAACGGAACGGUGAUAGUGGUGCACAGAACAAUGCGAACUUGGACUCAUCGAGUGAGCCUGCUUAAAACUUGUGAUAGUAGAAAAACGCUUAAUAUUUUUCAGCAAUUUUUUCUUACUCGUGUGAUACAAAAAAAUAUUUAAAACUAUAUAAAAAAAAAAUGGUUGAAAAAGAAACGAAGAAAAAACGGACAGGACACUGGAAUUAAAUAAUGUUUAGUUUGUGUGCGUGAGUGUGACUGUUGAUGCACGUGAGAUGUUUUUUUUUUUGUUUAAUUAUUAUGUUUUGGUGUACAUAUUUUUGUUUUAUUAUUUUUUUUUUGUACAUUGACUUGAAUGAAAUGCUGAAUAUGCACGGUUUAUCUUCCUGUUAGUAGUGACUCGUGACUUUGUACCGGUCACCAGAGUUGUAAUUAGCCUCUUUCUCUCUAUCUAUCUAUCUACUCUCUACUCAUUUGUUGACCUCUCGGUGUCUGGGACACUCUGGACGAAACAUAAGAAGGAAAAAAAAUAUGAAGAUGAAUUGAAGGUUUUUAAAAGAUAUUGUAAAUAUGUCAAUGUUGUACCAUUUCCGGACUUUAACAUCUAGCACAGAUGAUCCGUGCUCUGCAAAGGUCUCAAAUCUGUGAUGAUGGCGUAGUCCUCGAAUUAUGGUUAUAUAUAUAUAUAAAUAUAUAUUAUAUGUGUACACACGCGGUGGUCGCCAAGUGUGCGGUCUUCGUCCCGUUUCUGGUCACCUAAUGUAAAUAUUUUUGUCACUUGUAUACUGUGCCUGUUUGAAGAAGAAAAUGAAUGAAGAUG